CUCUCUCUCCUCGAUUCCCUUCCUUUCUCUCUCUACAUGACUACACGCGCCUCCCGAUUCCUCGGCGGCGCAAUCCCGCCGCCGUCUCAACAAUCGUCUCCAACGUUCGAAUCUAUGGACUCCGACUUCAUAGUCAUCCUCGCCGCCCUCCUCUGCGCCCUAAUCUGCGUGCUCGGACUCGUCGCCGUCGCACGCUGCUCCUGGAUCCGCCGCCUCGUCGGCGGAGAUCCUAAUUCGCCGCCGGCAGCCACCAAAGGCCUGAAGAAGAAGGUCCUGAAGUCUCUCCCGAAGCUCACCUACGGCGGAGAGGACGCAAUUGCGGCGGCGGCGAAGCUCCACGACUGUGCCAUUUGCCUGGCGGAGUUCGCCGCCGGCGACGAGAUCCGAGUGCUGCCGCAGUGCGGGCACGGAUUCCACGCCGCGUGCGUCGACACGUGGCUGGCGUCGCACGCGUCGUGCCCGUCGUGCCGCAGGAUUUUGGAGGUGGAACGGUGCAAAAAGUGCGGGCGCCUGCCGCCGGCGAUCGCGUGCUCGGCCGCCGGAAUGCGGCCGGAGCCGAGAGAAAGCCAAGUAAUUAGUAUUGGUUUUAUGUCUUAAUUAGGUUAAUUUCUCGCAUUAGUUUGGCAGUAAUUAUUAUAGAAUUCGGGUGAAGGAAGAAUUAAUUUGUGAUUGAAGUUGAAGAAUUAAAGGCUAUAUAAGUACUAUAUAUUGUAAGUCCGGUUUACGUAUAUAUCACAUUUAUGCGAAUUAGACGUAUGAAAUUAUUUCA